AUGCUCAUGUACAAAGUACAAGGUGCGCCACGAAUUAUGCCGGGAUCCUGCAGGCUUUUCGAGAUACAGGAAGAAAAGCUCGAGGAGUUUAAAGAGAAGUGCAGGGAAUCGCUCGAAGAGUAUGGAAAGAAGAAGAGGGAAAUGACGGGGAAAGGAAAGGGAAAGAAAAAGAAAGGGAGAGCAUUAGAGAAUCCUCAUCUUGCCCUUGCCUGUAAGAUAAUGGAAUCUUUGCACACAAAUGAAGCGGGAACACCAUGGCUCUGCCUCUACAUCGCAAAGAAGAAGAAGAAGGAAGACAAAAGACUUUCCCAGCCCAAGUCACAGUCAAAGCCAAAAGAGUAUUCCCACCUUCAUCAAUAA